ACAAACCUUACUGAAGGUGGAGAUUGAAAAUUCAAUAAAGGCGCCUUCUUCAGUAAGGCACCUCAGUGUCUGAUGAAGUGAAUGUAGUUUGGUGUAAGAUCUCAGGACACGUGCACGGUGUUCAUCUUCAAAAAAAAAAAAAAAAAAACUGACAAACGCGCGAGGAAUCCGCGAACACGACGUGACGUCAGGCGUCGUCUUUAAGCGCGUGCCAGGCGGCGGGCGCGUGUCGGAGCCGCUACGAACAACUUUGGAGGAGACCGGGGAAGCCAGAGGAAGCGCCACCGCUUUGGGACGAGAUGUCCUGGGAAACUUUGAAGGAGAAUUAUGGUUUUAAAUUCGGGAUGUUUAGCGGUCCUCGGCGCGGGUCGUGUGGAUUAUUAUGCGCAGCGGGACGGCGCGUGCGGUCGUGCACGGGGAGUAUCGCACACGACUGCAGUUCGCGUUUAAAAGUGCACGAGCAGAACCGGGUUCUCCUGCGUGCACACUUAAAGUAGACCUCUUCCCGUAGCGCAGCGUGUGUGUGAGCGUGUGUGAGAGCGUGUGUGUGUGUGUGUGUGUGUGUGUGCGCGCAAGACUCCCUGAGUUUGAAGCGCUUCACUUUGGAGAGGUUUUGAUUUUAACCUGGCUUGCAGAAUGAGAUUUAAGUUAAGGUGCCUCUGUCGCGCGCUCGGGGUUUCCUCUGUGGAGAAAACGUGGCGCGCGAGGAUCAAGGAGCAACUCGAGAGCUGAAAGCAUGCUGCGCUUUAACCUAUGGAGAAAUGGCCUUUAGGGUUGUGUCCAGCCGCGCGGCGCCGUCCUCCAGCUCCAAGUUCAGCAGCAGGUUCAUGUUCAUCUUCACGCUCUCGCUGUCCUUCACGUACGUGUGCUACAGCGUGCUGUUCUGCUCGGCUCCGGUCAUGCCAGGCAGCCGUUUCGAGGAGCGCCGGUGCGCGCGCGGACACGGCAGCGCCGGCGCCACAAAGCUGCUGCAGAGGUCGGCCGCGUGCGCGGAGGCGAACUCGAGCCGGGGUGAACACGGAGCCACGGCGGCUUCGCUGCAUCCAGCCGUGAACCGGAGCGAGGAGCCCAGCGCGCGGGGGUCACGGGCGCGCGGCGCCGAGUCGGCGCGCUCCAAACCGGCCAACGCGUCCGCCGCGAGCGCGCAGCGCUACGGAAACAAGAAGCUGCCCAACGCGCUGAUCGUGGGCGUGAAGAAGGGCGGCACGCGCGCCGUGCUGGAGUUCAUCCGCAUCCACCCGGAUGUGCGCGCGCUCGGCACCGAGCCGCACUUCUUCGACCGGAACUAUGACAGAGGCAUGGACUGGUACAGAGGCUUAAUGCCACGAACGCUGGACAGCCAAAUCACUAUGGAGAAAACCCCCAGCUACUUUGUAACACGUGAGGCUCCACGCCGCAUCGCCAGUAUGUCCCAAGACACCAAACUCAUAGUGGUGGUUCGAAAUCCAGUGACACGAGCCAUCUCCGACUACACACAGACGCUGUCCAAAAAGCCAGAUAUCCCCAGCUUCGAGGAGCUCGCUUUCAAGAACAAGAGUGAGGGUUUGGUGGACACUACAUGGAACGCCAUCCGCAUAGGCAUGUAUAUCCUGCAUCUAGAAAAUUGGCUGCAGUACUUCCGUCUCUCACAGAUCCACUUUGUGAGCGGCGAGCGGCUAAUCACAGACCCGGCCGGUGAGCUGGGGCGUGUACAGGAUUUUCUGGGACUUAAGCGCAUCAUCACAGACAAGCACUUUUAUUUCAACCGAACCAAAGGCUUCCCCUGUUUGAAGAAGCCUGAAAGCAGCAGCACUCCUCGGUGCCUCGGCAAGUCCAAGGGCAGGACACACGUGCAAAUCGACCAGGAGGUCAUUGAGCAGCUGCAUGACUUUUAUAGGCCUUUCAAUGUGAAGUUUUAUGAAAUGGUAGGACAUGACUUUAGAUGGGACUGAAGUGGUACGCUUUCUUAAAUGACGAACGAGUCAUUUGAUCAAAUCUGUCAGUUUGGGCGGUUGACAGAAGGAGUGAAUGAAAACAGAAAACCUCAAAGGACACCUUAAACAAACGAAGACCAAAUGCUCUUAAGAUAUUAAACUAGCUUAUAAAGCUUAAUGAAUGAUUCUACACAGGCAUAGCUAUUCCGACUGUAGCUCAGGACACUGUGCCAUUCACUUGAAAAUCCUUUACUACGUUUAGGAUUGACGCUCGCUCAUUAAAUCCAGAGAAUAUCUGAGAAGCUGUCAUAUGGUUUCAAAGUACUUGUCAUGCACAGCACUGUGUCUGUUCACUGUCCUCCUGUUACUAUUUAAAAUACAAACAGCCUUGUCAUCUUGUUAUAAAAAAGUGAAACCCGUACAGCAUACAACUGUGUCAUUAAAAUGUAAAAUACAAAAAAAAAAUUAAACACA